GCAGGACACACAAACCCUUUCAAACAUCAAUUUAACAUGCCGAGCACCAUGUAAUGUCUUAGUUUGCUAGACUAGGCUUUGUUAACUUGAGCGGUGACUUAUUGUACUGACCUGACCGACCAUUGAAUAUUAGUUUGCAGCUCUAAAUAAAAACAGCUCGAAAUGGCUUCGGCUCAGCAGCAGAUUCACGAUACGAAUACCGAGUCGGUUGCAGCAACUCGGCGAAUCCGCGCUCUCGCCGAGCAGAGCCGAGAAGCGGGUAUUGAAACGAUGGGUGAGCUAGACCGCCAAGGCGAAGCGCUAGACAGGGCCGAGAAAGGUCUGGAUGAAAUCAAUCAUGACAUGGACACUGCCGAACAAAACUUAGAUGAGCUGGAAAAGUGCUGUGGAAUUUGUCUGUGUCCAUGGAAUAAGAAAAGCCGUAGUAAUAACUACAACAAGCACAACAAGAAACAGGGAAAGGAGAAAAAGAAGGUCGCUUAUAGCUCGGAAAAUGUUACGACUCAGCCUGGCAACACCAACACCCCUGCCAUGUUGCGAGUGGCGAACGAUGAACAAGAAGACGAAAUGGAGGAGAAUCUAGGAGCUGUAGGGGACAUCACAGCCCAAUUGAAACACAUGGCUCUAGAUAUGGGGGAGGAAUUAGACAGGCAAAACGAGCAGAUAGGCAGGAUGAGCAACAAGUCAGAGGCUAAUAGAGACAGGAUCCAGAAUGCAGAUCAACAGGCUGGAAAUAUACUCAAGUAGAUAAAAGACCCGAUGAUUCAGUUUAUUUUUCCAAUACAGUCUGAACCAGCAAUGUGCUAUCUUGGCACUAAUAUCACGCGUCCAAAAAUAUCCAAUAACACUACCGAUACUACUAGCUUUAGCAUCACUUCAUCCGUGUGUCAAAGGAGAUCAAAACAAACUCACCUUUUCAAAAUUAUAUUUUCUGUAAAUUUGCAAUGAAUAGAAUGACAUAUUAUGAAUAGAAAACAUUGUUUAUCUGUCGAUAAUUGAGAUAAUUCAUUAAGUUUGUUUCAAUACGCAUGGAAUUUUAAUUCAGCUUAUUUCCAA